AAGCGCUCUCUCUCUCUCUCUCUCUCUCUCUAGUCUUCAUGUUCAAGUUUCCAUGGAGAGAAGAGACCUUAUUACCAGUCAUCAUCAUCUCAAUACCUUUCGGUCUUCGCUUUACGAUAUGACUUCGAAGCUUCGUUCUCUCUGAUUCUCAUCACAGAAUUCAAUUCCACUCGCAGAAAGACGAAGAGAAAAAUAAAGAUUCCUCUUUUUCCCAAUAUUCGAACUUUGUGCAAUUUAUUUCCUUUUCGACUCUUGGGAUUUUGAUUCCACUCUUGCAACAUAAAAAACCCAACUCUCUGUUUUCAAUGACUCCAUAAUUUUCCCGGAAAGCUCCAGAAAAUGGCAGUCGAGUUGUGCUCUGAAAAUUCUAGCCCUGGUCUGAUUACCAGUCCUAGAAUCUCAUUCUCUCACGAUCUCUCCCAAUCCGAUAUCGCACCGAUCGAACAACGCGUCCUCCGAUCGAAUUCAUCGUCCGGCAUUGAUUUCAAUUUCUGCAUUCGCGAUGGUUACGAUCAACAAUCUUCUUCCGCCGACGAGCUUUUCUCGGACGGGAAAAUUCGUCCUAUCCAGAUCAAGAAAAAAAUGGCUCUACUGCAACAAACCCAUCAACCACCACCACCACCACCACCACCACCACAAACUCCGGAUCAUCACAUUGUCAACAAAACUUGUGAGACUUCAAACAAUGAGGGAUUGAAGGAGGCGAAAUUGACGAGUUCUGGAUCAGAUGAGAAGCAAAACUCCAAGUCGUUUUGGAGGUUCAAGCGGAGCAGUAGUUUGAAUUGCGGCAGUGGGUAUGGGCGGAGCUUGUGUCCUCUGCCACUCCUAUCUCGAAGCAAUUCAACUGGUUCGGCAAAUCACCACCAUACCCACAAGCACAAUUCGCAGAAAAAUUCAUCCUCUGUUUCGGCGUCGAAGCCAUCAUCGCAGUUUUCGGGGAGUCACCAGAAACCUCCAUUGAAGAAGAGUUAUGCUUCUCAUGGCAAUGGCGUUCGAGUCAAUCCUGUGUUGAAUGUUCCUUCGGGUAAUCUUUUCGGUUUAGGUUCGAUCUUCUUCAAUGGGAAGGACAAGAACAAGAAGAAAUAAUUUACGACUCAAGACAAUGAUUCAGAUCGAAGGAGCGAGGACAGAGCUAGCAGAAGGCCUUAUUCCACACAAACCGUAAUAGUUCGGCUGAGGUUAGUCACCCC